AUGAAAACCGAAAAAAACAAUAAUCCCUCCGUUUACAUUGAUUGGUUAGAAAAGGCAAUAUCAGAAGACUAUAUCAAAAACUACGACUAUGCAAAGUUCACUAAUAAAGAAGAAAUUAACAGUGGUUCUUAUGGAAAUAUUUUUCGUGCAAACUGGAACGAUUCCGAUACCGUUAUGGUUCUAAAAUCUUCAUACAGUUCAGAUAUUAAAGAAAUCGUUAAUGAG